AUGGCCAGCCCCAAGGAAGGCAUAUGCUCUGGCAGUCACGUCGAUGUGGCUCUGGAAGAUGAACGGACGAGGCAGGAGAACAGGCUCCCCGCAGGAUCCGGACGGCAGGGCUCUCGGCGGGACCAGCCCCCUCCCCGCGGGCACGCGCCCGGCCGGGCGGCAGAGACGGAGGCAGCCUGCACGCUCCUGCAGACCUCGACCCGAGAGCCCAACAUUUCUUUUGGUUGGGUACAAAACACAACGUCCGCCCCUGCCAACUCUGCGGAGAAGCCGACUCCGGGGUUCGCCUUCGCUAAACCGUCCACGUCGCGCUGUGGUUUCACCGAUGCAGACGCUGCGCGGCUCCGGUGGCCCAGGCAGAUAGUGUCCUCGGUUGGCCUGUGUCGUUAUGGUGGGAGGAUCGACUGCUGCUGGGGCUGGGCCCGCCGGUCCUGGGGACAGUGUCAGCCUGUGUGCCGGCCACAGUGCAAACAUGGGGAAUGUAUCGGACCAGACAAGUGCAGGUGUCAUCCUGGAUACGCCGGGAAGACCUGCAGUCAAGACCAGCACUUCCGCCCAACUCCUCUCGACCGCGGCAGUGAACAGCCUCUUUCCCACCCCCCGGAGCAUCCAGCCAUGAGUUUGCCUUCAAGGGAUCUCAACGAGUGUGGCCUGAAGCCGAGGCCCUGCAAACACAGGUGCAUGAACACCUACGGCAGCUACAAGUGCUACUGUCUCAGCGGGUACAUGCUGAUGCCAGACGGCUCCUGCUCAAGUGCCCUGACGUGCUCCAUGGCAAACUGCCAGUAUGGCUGUGACGUGGUGAAAGGACAGACACGGUGCCAGUGUCCCUCCCCUGGCCUGCAGCUGGCUCCCGACGGGAGGACCUGUGUGGAUGUUGACGAAUGUGCCACUGGGAGAGCCUCCUGCCCUCGAUUCAGGCAGUGUGUCAAUACUUUUGGGAGUUACGUCUGCAAGUGUCAUAAAGGCUUCGACCUCAUGUACAUUGGAGGCAAAUACCAGUGUCACGACAUCGACGAGUGCUCCCUCGGUCAGCACCAGUGCAGUGGCUUUGCUCGAUGCUACAACAUACACGGCUCCUACAAGUGCAAAUGUAAAGAUGGGUACCAGGGCGACGGACGGAGUUGCGUGUAUAUUCCGAAAGUCAUGAUUGAACCUUCAGGCCCCAAUCAUGUACCAGAAGGAAAUGGUACCAUCUCCAAGGGUGACGGGGGGCACGGUAAUUGGAUUCCUGAUAUUGGCAGUACGAGGCGGCCUCUGAAGACACCGUAUGUUCCUCCUGUCGUUACCAGCAGGCCCACUGCUGAGCCAACGACCAGACCUACCCCAAAGCCAACACCACAGCCUACCCCACCCCCACCCACAGCACCCAGAACACCUCCCCCCUCAACAACUCCAGAAAGACCAACCACCGGCCUGACAACUGUGGCACCAGCUGCCACUACAUCUCCGAGACGAAUUACAGUUGACAACAGGAUACAGACAGAUCCUCAGAAACCCAGAGGAGAUGUGUUCAUUCCGCGGCAGCCUUCAAAUGACUUGUUUGAAAUAUUUGAAAUUGAAAGAGGAGUCAGUGCAGAUGAUGAAGCAAAGGAUGAUCCAGGUGUUCUGAUACACAGCUGUAAUUUUGACCAUGGGCUCUGUGGAUGGAUGAGGGAGAAGGACCGUGACGUGCACUGGGAACCUGUGAGGGAUCCAGCAGGUGGGCAGUAUCUGAGAGUCUCGGAAGCCGAAGGCCCAGGGGGCAGAGCCGCCCGCUUGGUGCUCCCGCUCGGCGCCCGCGUGCACUCAGGGCACCUGUGCCUGUCGUUCAGGCACAGGGUGGCGGGGCUGCGCGCCGGCGCGCUCCAGGUGUUGGUGAGGAAACACGGCGCCCACGGCGCGGCCCUGUGGGGAAGGAAUGGUGGCCACGGCUGGAGGCAGACGCAGAUCACCUUGCGAGGGGCUGACGUCAAGAGUGUCAUCUUCAAAGGUGAAAAAAGGCGUGGUCACACUGGGGAGAUUGCACUGGAUGAUGUGAGCUUGAAAAAAGGCCACUGCUCUGAAGAACGGGAGCAACUCCACAACUAGCAAUGGACUCCCACGUCCCUUCCUCCUCUUUUCCCAUCCUCACCUCCUGUCCUCUCCUCCCUCUUAUCAGGCCUAGGAGAAGAGUGGUCAGUGGGUCAGGAAAAGUCUGGUGGGUGACCUGCGUCUUGCUGGCCUGCUUUUGUGCAAUCCCAAUGAACAGUGACAGUCUCCUUGAAGUACAAGGGGCACCUGUAGACACAUCCCACCAUGUUUGAGUGUUACCUGCUGUCCUGUCUCUUUUAGGAAGGCCACGUAAUGUGUGACCUAUACCAUCCUUCAUCCUGGUUACGAGGUGUUCUUUGUAGCAAAUUAUGGGAGAAGUUUUCAAAAGAAAUCUGUGCAAAUGGCCAUCCUAUUAUCUGUUCAGUGUUGUCCCCAAGUAGAACUGACUUCCCCUGAUGUAGUUGUUGUGCGUGUGGAAUUGGUUUCUCCUCUUCGCUUGUUAGUUCUGGCCUGACCUGAACUCUGACUUACUGCCAUUCAGUUUGUAAAGAAGGGCGUGUCACAUAUCAAGAUGCAUUUAUCCUUGUUAUCUGUAUUUUUCUUUUUAAGACAGUUGUGUAGAGUGGGCAUGUAAUCCCUCGUUAGUAGUAGUGUGUUUGUGUAAAUGUGCUAUUGAUAUUAAGUAGUUACAUGUUUCUAAUACUCACAGACUCUAGUUGCAAGGGAAAAGGCAGCUUGUGCUCUC